AUGAGGUCUUCCAGUGCCAAAUGUCGCGUCAAGUUUGAGGAGCUCGACGGCAAGCACUUCUACAAUAUCGUCUCCUGCAACUUUAUGAAUGUGGCGGUCAUCGAUGUGCGAACACCGGAGGAGCAUGGCAAGCUGUUCAUCAACAACUCCUACAACUUCCCCCUCGAGAAGUUCGACGACAGCGACAGCGGCAAAAAUCUUUGGGAUUGCAUCCACCAAAGGAAGUUUGCCCGUGCCAUCAUCAUACACGACAACGAGGAGGCCGUGCUCAAGUCUCGCAUCCCGCACGUCAUUGACGACGUCAGCGGAGGCACCGCCGCCUUGAGCUACCUCAAGGGCGGCCUGGCGAGCUUCUACAAGAAGUACCCGUUCGUGUGCGCCAAGCCCGAGGGGGGCAACUCGUGGGGCAGCUUCGAGCAGAUCGCCGUCUCGUGGCCCUCGCGCAUCACCCGCUACGUCUACCUGGGCGACUGGCAGAGCGCGUCGAACGAGACCGUGUUCGACAAUCUGGGCAUCAAGCACGUGGUCAACUGCUGCAAGGAGCGCAACGCGUUCGAGGACAAGGAGGGCUUCAUGUACCACAACGUCUCCAUUGUCGACCACCCCUCGGCCGACAUUUCCACCUACUUCGAGGCCGUGGUCGACUUUAUCGAUCAAGCGACGAAGCAGAAGCAGAAGGUGCUGGUGCACUGCCAUGCGGGGGUGAGCCGGUCGACGACGGUGGUGGUGGCGUUCCUGAUGAAGACCAAGCGGUGGCCCUACAAGAAGGCCCUCAACUACGUCAAGCAGCGGCGCUACAUCGUCGACCCCAACUUUGGCUUCGUCGAGCAGCUGCGCAAGUUCGAGGAGUCGCUGGGCCUCUCCUCCCCCGCCGAAGAGAACAAGACCGCCUAG